AUGACUGAUCUGUUUUUGCUUCUACCCUGGAACGAAACAAUUGCCAAUGAUUCCACACACUACCUCCAGCAUUGCCCUACACUACCUCCGACUCCAACCCACAUACACGUCGUCUACAACCUACAAUGCUCCCCAUACACGAUUACAAUCUCGAGCAACACUGCCAUCAGCAGCACCAACACUAACACCUCCACCCUACCACUGCAGUCUCUGCCUCCAUUAUGCCUCUACCUAUUGGGGCUCUCUCGACUCUCUCUAGCGCUUCACUGGCGCUACCUCCUCUCCGCCUCCCUCGUAUUACCCCCACUUUGCCUACCCAGUGUAUCCUGCUUCGUUAUCUCUCUCUACCCACCAAUUCCAGUCAAGUUCCAGGGCUUUUGA